AUGUUUCAAGCUACCACCACAGCGGCGCCACCGGCUAUGUCUAUUGGGUUUCCCUGUUUUUGGAGUCGACCACUUGUCCUACCUCUCCGGACCGCAAAGACAUUCAAGCCUCUAGCAUGUCUUAAACUGAAAGAAGGCGAAGGAAUGUUCCGGCCCCAUGAGACUGAACUGAAAGUUCGAGAUUAUGAAUUAGAUCAAUUCGGUGUUGUGAACAAUUCUGUUUAUGCAAACUACUGCCAGCAUGGUCUACACGAGUUUUUGGAGAGUAUCGGUAUCAACUGUGAUAAAGUAUCCCGUUCUGGUGAAGCCUUGGCAAUUUCCGAGUUGACUAUAAAGUUUCUUGCACCUUUACGUUGGAUGCAAAUUUGUGGUGAAAACGAGGAUAUCGAGGACAUCUGUGGCACGCAUUUACUUUGA